GGUCUCAAUUUGUCACUUCAGACCAUCUGACUAAGAAGGGCCUCUUAAAUCCUCAUCAUUUCCUUGUUAUCUGAUUUGCAGGAAUCCAAGACUUAAGCAACCAUGUCCAACUCCACUGAGGCAGAACUCAUACACAUGUUUAAGGGAAUUCCCUUUACCACCAGGUCUUCUCCAGAACUUUUAAAAUCCUUGGAUACUUUUGAUGCUAGAGAAGAUGAUGUCCUUUUGGUUUCCUAUCCCAAAUCGGGCACCCACUGGCUUGCAGGAGUUAUAGCAAAGCUUUACAAUACUCAAGUUACAAUAACAUCUCCCAUUGAAUUUGGAGACAUUUCCAGACUGGAGGAGCUGAAUAACCUCUCAUCAAAGAGAAUCAUUCCAACACACUUAGACUACAACAUGUUACCUCCAAAUUUUAAGAAAAAGAAAUGCAAGAUGAUCUACAUCAGCAGAAAUCCAAAAGACACUGCUGUUUCCAUGUAUCAUUACUACAGAGAUAACCCAAACCUUCCCACUGUAGAUACCUGGACUGCUUUCUUUGACUUGUUCUUAAAAGGGAAUGUUGUCUGUGGAUCCUGGUUUGAUCAUUUCCUAAGUUGGGAAGAACACGAAGAUGACAAAAACAUCCUAUUUUUGUUCUAUGAAGACAUGAAGAAGGAUCUCCCUAAGGUUGUAAAGGAAAUUGCUUUGUUCUUGAGUUUAAACGUCAAUGACAAAGAUAUCCAAGACAUCUGCAGUAAAUCCUCCUUCUCAGAGAUGAAAAAUGACACAGAAAAGGAGAACAGUGAUCCCAGUCACACUGUGUGUGCCCUGACAUCCAACAGGAAGCUGAUUUUCCGAAAAGGUGCUGUCGGUGAUUGGAAGAACCAUUUCACUCCAAAGCAGAAUAGGAGGUUUGAGGAGAUAUUUAAUGAGAAAAUGAAACUCAGCAAGAUGGCAAAAUGUUUCAUCUAUGAAGUUUGACUCCAUGUGAAGAACAAUAUGCAGUUAUCAACAAACGGGAUAUGAACAGACUUCUUAGAUCUGAAUUAGGAAUUUUACCCAUGAUAUUAUGGGAAAAAAAAGGUACCUGUAAGAAACAAGAUAGAAAAAGUCUUUAAAAACUUCAUAAGAAAAUGACAAAAAUUCUGUCUUCUGUAAUACACCAUGAUUUAUGAACUGCCUAUCUUACUGGACACUGUUAUUGACACCGAAGUUGAAAACUGCAGCUGUGUAUUUGACAAUCCAUAGUGAAGUCUGUUUACAAAAAUGUUUCUUUUUUUUUUUUACAAUAUGUAGUUCUUUGAUGUAACUUAUUUCUGGGUUAGAUACCAUAUAGUGUUUGUGUUCUAAAUGCAACUGAUAUAAAUCCAA